AUGGCGCCGCAUGAUAUCCGCCGUCCUUUCAAGCGACGACCUAUCUCCGAUCAACAGAAACGCCGAGAGCUAUCCCUUCUCCGUCAGUGUCAGAAUCGCAGUGACGCCCAGCAGCGAGCCCGAAACCUCGCAUCUUCCGUCAUCUCUCUCCAAUCCACCUCUCCCGAUGUCGACCCGGAAGUACUAUCUGAAGCCGAGCCAGACCUCGAUGCCGGUGAAGAAUCGGAAUCGAGUAGCUUUGACGUUCGCCACGCUUCCAGGCUCAGAGGACCCGAGGCACGCAAGUGGUUCGCGAGGCAGCUUAUGCUACCCGAAUGGAUGAUCGACGUCCCUGAUAAUCUGAGCCUAGAUUGGUAUGUGUUAGCAAGACCAGCUGGAAAAAGAUGCUUCGUAGUUUCAUCAGAUGGAACCACCGUUAGUAGACUACGCAAUGGAUCCGUCUUGCACCAUUUCCCUUCUGCGUUGCCUGGUGGCGCCAGGAAGAAAGGCACUUCUGGCCCUGCACAGUCAUAUUCCAUACUAGACUGUAUAUUUCACGAGUCGGAUCAGACAUACUACGUGAUUGAUAUGGUGUGUUGGAGAGGUUACUCGCUCUAUGAAUGCACGGCAGAGUUCAGGUUCUUUUGGAUGCAAUCAAAGCUUGCUGAGACGGGUGCUUGUGAUCCGCCUUCCUUUUACCACAAGUUCAGGUUCAGUGCAGUUCCUUUUUAUAACUGCGACCAAAGCGGACUUCACUCAGCUUAUACAGGAUCAUUACCUUAUGUCAAGGAUGGAUUGUUGUUCUAUAACAAGCAUGCACAUUAUCAUAUUGGAAAUACUCCUCUGGUGUUGAUAUGGAAGGAUGAGAAGUGUAGUCAGUAUGUCAUCGAUACAGAUAACAAUGGACAAGUUCCAGAGCAACAAUAUAUUGUCUUGGAGUUACAAGAUGAUGGAAAGCUUGUAACAUCAGAUGAUCCACCAAUACCAUUUAAUUCCUUGAAUGCAGAUUUCUUACAACAGUCAGGAUUGUCUUCAGGAAGCCUUAUUCGCUUUGCCAUUGGAGAUGGAGGGCUGAUGUGUGUGGAUGGUAGAUUUGAGAAGGCGGAUUUACAGUAUAUCAGUGCGUCAAAUCGAGCCCGAGCUUUUGCUGAUAGCUAUUCCAAGAUCAUGUUUCAAUAUAUGGCCCGACGUUCUCCCCUGAAAGUUGAAGAUCUCGCAUCAAUGAUUUCACAUGAGAGCCAACAAGACAAACCUCUUGAAGUAGAGAUGGCUGAUUGA